AUGGCAUCAAAAACACCGCGCACCCUGGAAGAUAUGGCAUAUAAACCAAGCGAUAAAUGUGGACCCCCAGAUUUCACUAUUAAGUGUAAAGGCCAUUCAUUUCUCGUCCACAGGGACAUCGUUGCUCCGCAGUCUAAACCAUUGGGUGCUGCGAUGGACACUGAGAAAUUCUUGGAAGGAACAAGAAGAGAAAUGAUACUGAGCGACGAAAACGAUGACCCAGAAAUCGUGGGAUUAAUGGUCGAAUUUCUUUACACCGGGGAGUAUACUAUUUCCUUUCCCUCUAAUACUUCCUCCUCGGCACGCUACUCAUCAGACGAAGCGAUUAGAUGUAUCCGCCACGUAGCACUGCACAUCUUCUCUGAUCUCUGGGACAUUCCCUCUUUACAAGUCCUCACUCUCUCGAAUCUUCAAACUACCCUUUCACAUCUUCCUUUAUCAUAUUUCACAUCGGUGUUGCGAUAUAUCUAUGAAGAAACCCCGGGAUCGUAUACGCGCGUUAGACAGAUAGCUGUAAAGGCUUUGAUGGAAAGAUUUACAGUUGGGGAAAUCAUGAAGGAUAAGGAGUUGAGAGAGCUGUUGAGUGCGGAUGGAGAGUGUGCUGUGGAUUUGUUGGUUUGGGGGGAGGAGAGGAGAGUCCAGAGAGAGAGGAGAGUGGGGAGAGAUUGGGAACAGAGUGCAGUGAGGGGAAGAAGAGUGUGUGAGGAGAGUAUGGGGAGAAAGGGGGACAUUUUUGGGGAUCGAACAGGAUGGGCUGAUCAUACUGGUGCGAGGUUUUGA